AUGGACAUACUUGAGUCAUUAUUUCAAACAAAAAACGCCAAUUUCAUUGCGAACAGAGACAUCAAAGAAGAAGAUGAGGUUGCAGAUGAGGCAGAAUCUGGUAGUGAUGAAGCAGAGGCCGAGGACCAAAAUGGCGAGCCACCGCCCAAACGGGUGAAACGAGAACCAAAGCAACAAAUCCUUGCUAAUAGAAGUAUUUACAGAAGUCGGCCAGAACGAGGUAAAUUUACGAUUCUCGACGGCACAUCCGUUGCUGAACCGGAUGAAAUUCUCGACAUUGACUUUGACGCUGACCUACUUCAGAGGAUAUUCCGCGAUUCCCGUGUAGGGUGCGGUAUUCAAUUUCUGGCUCGAUAUGGAAUUAUUCCCAACACGAGAGAGUGCAAAAUUGAAAGCUGUCCCAAGGAGCAGUUGAUGAGCCUUAUUAAACAUGCAAAUGGAUUUGUGUGGAGGUGUCGCUCAUGUAGGAAACGGCGAGAACGGCGUGUUAUAACAAAGAUUUCUGUCUAUGAAGGCACAUUCCUCUUCUUUUCUCGGAUGCCAAUGAAUAAGUUCUUCAUAUUUAUGCUUGUAUGGUGUGAAAACGCUGGAUAUACUGCUUCUGAGUACAAUCGCCUUCUGGGAGAGUUCCGACUGGUCGAAGAGACGAUUCACAACACAAUCGGGUUCAUUCGGGAUCACAUUCAGAGCUGGUGCCUACUUCAAUCGUCAACGGUACCAAUCGGGGGUAAAGGUCACAUCGUUGAACUCCUCGAAACCUUACAUACCGAGGACGUUUCGGCAAAGCACAGAAGCCGACGAGAACGUCGUUUUUCUAUGCGAUUAGUGCUGAUUUGCUGGAAUACCAACGAGAUUGUUACUGUGGAAUUACCCGAUCGACAGUUUUUGCCGAACACACUUGUGAAAACCGUUGAAAAGAAUGUGAAGGACGGUUCGACGAUCGUUAUGCGCGAUUUACUCAUGAAGCGAUUCGGAGAAAAAGAGGAGCUCAACGCAAUGUUGGAAAACCACACCCUGAAGACGAUUGCUGAUGUUUGGUGUGAUAUGGACGAAGAAGAACGAGACAAGCAGUUCAUGAAGACGCUGAUGGAAUCGGUGCAACCGUUGCCAGCCGAGCCAUUCGCCUACGAGUACUAUUUUCGUCGAACAUUCAUCGACAAACCAUUCAAUCAUUUGCUAAAAGCAAUUCGUGAGCUCUACAGUGCUCAUCAAUCACAGUCCGAUGUUGCAGGAUUUUAG